CAGGGAGACGAAACAAAAGGGAUGACAUCAUCCACAUAUCAUCAUCAUCAUCAUCUCAAAAUCAAUCAUUCAAUUAAAUACUUUUUGGUAAGUCAUCAGAGAAAGAAAUUAGAAUCUUUCUAUUAAAAAACAUAUACCCACAUAUUUCCCAAAGUCUUGUUCUUUCCCUUUUUUUCCUUCUGUUAAUAAGUCCGCCAUUUCUCCAUUGCCCAAAACGGAUUCUUUGGAUUUUAAGAUAUACGGUGUACAAGGUUGAGAACCGUCAUUUUAGAAUUCGUCUUUUGACUGAGCGAAACAAAGUAGUGAGUUGAAACCGUUUUGUUAAUCUUAAAGUUUUUAAUUCAAUUUAUGGAAAAAAAUGAACAUGCGUCGUGCAUUAUGUAUUCAAAGAUCUAGUGAAGCACAGCACAAUAACAUGGGUAUCCGUGGAGCUAUGUCGACAUCUUUAUCCAUUUUGCCGUCAUUGGAAGAGAAGUAUCUGAAAUUGCCAGAUUCUCUGCAUGUGCUCACAGAAAAGGAGCAAUCUAUAAACCUCAUUUCCUCACGGGCAAUCCCAUUAGCAUCUAACAGUGUAACAGUAGGGCAUCAAUUAUCUUCCACUUCUGGACCCCACAAAGAUUUUCACUUUUCUCCAACCUCUUCUCAAGAAAGUAGGCCACGUAGCUAUCCAUUUAUUUCAAGUGAAGUUUCUGCGACAACCUGCCAAUCUUCACUCUCAAGUCUAUGUUCAGCAUCAUUGGAUAAUUACCCCAUGAGAAACAACAAUAAUUCCUGGAGCAAAGAUGCAUAUCAUGACUUAACUGAUUUUCCUACGGAUGUUCCUGUUCAGAAUGGUCAAGUCGAAAACCUUCCCGUUGUCAUGGCAUCUGAUGACCAGACUAAGAGAUCUGAUUGGCAGGAAUGGGCUGAUCAGCUAAUUAACGAUGAUGAUGCUUUGGGUUCAAGCUGGAUUGAACACCUAGUUGAUGUCAAUCUUCUAGAUCCAGAACCUAAGCUGCUGGGAGCAUCUGAAGUCCUUGCUUUUCAGCCCCAACCUCCUCCAAUUGCACCUUCCGGGCAAAGUUGCCCAGUCGGUAGCCCGUCAUCUUCCACAGCGCUGACGAAAUCUCGUAUGCGUUGGACACCUGAGCUUCACGAAGUCUUUGUAGAAGCUGUCAGUAAGCUUGGCGGUAGCGAACAAGCUACACCAAAGGGUGUCUUGAAGCUCAUGAAUGUUGAAGGCCUAACCAUUUAUCAUGUCAAAAGCCACUUGCAGAAAUAUAGAACUGCCAGAUACAAACCAGAACCAUCGGAAGGAAUACCGGAAAAGAAGCCCGCUAGUGUGACAGAGAUGCCAUCUUUGGACCUGAAAAUGACUAUGGGGAUAACAGAAGCACUUAGAAUGCAGAUGGAAGUCCAAAAGCAGCUUCAUGAACAACUUGAGAUCCAAAGAAAGUUGCAGUUGCGGAUUGAAGAACAGGGUAAAUACCUCGAAAUGAUGUUUGAGAGGACAAAAGACAUGGGGAAAGAUCUAAAGGUAUCAUCGUCACUAAAAACAGAUGAACAUCCUUCACCAUCCUCUGAGACGAAGCAUUCGCCUCCCAACGAUAAAUCAGAAGCACUAGAGCAGGAACCUGUUAGUUUGAACGAUGCUUCAAGUUCCGCAGGGGAGCUUGCACGUGGCAAAAACAAGGAAGGGAACUCACUGGAAAGGAAAACUUGUGAAGAUCAUGGCUCAGAUGUUAGAGACUUGUGUUCAACUCCAUCGAAACGAGCAAAAACUGAGGAAACAUCAGCUUCAUGAAUCUUAACAAACUCAUUUGUAAUGUGUAGCAAGGAUAGCUGAAAUGUGAAUUGUCUUUGCAAAUGCUGUUCAUUUGAUAAAAGCUUCUGGUUUAAAAAUACCUAAAUCUUUCAACCAAAGAACCAACUAUGUUCUUAGCUGAUCCCAGCAUUGCUCGAACCAUCAUCUCGUAGGUCUACGAGUAUGCUGAUAGACAGAGGAUCUUCCAGCCUAGAACAAGAAAGUAGCUUGUCAAUUAUACUGGCUGUUUCAUUGAAUGUGUUUAUCAACAUUCUACAUAAGGAGUCGAUUUGCAUU